CCUCGUAAAGGCUCAACUUAGAUGAACUGAACUAGGUGCAACAAUGGCUCAAAUUGUAUCCUUUACGAUAUUCCUUGCUCUAAUUAGCGCCGCGACCAGUAUGAGCAUUUAUGCGGUCAAUGGUGAAACUUCAUCAAGGAUUACCAUGCGUCGAGCAUCUGAUUAUGACGAUGCUAAUAAAGGACCACUUUCGUCGUAUAAAAUAAGACGUCAAACAUAUGACCCUCCACCAAAUAACUUCAGACGUCAAGCAUCUGGUUUUGGUAAUGAACCUCCACCAAAUAACCUCGCACGUCAAGUACCUGGUUUAGAUAAUGAACCUCCACUAAAUAAUCUCGGACGUCAAGCAUUUGGUUUAAACAAUGAACCUCCACCAAAUAACCUCGGACGUCAAGCAUCUGGUUUUGAUAAAGAACCUGCACCAAAUAACCCCGGGCGUCAAGUAUCUGGCUUUGAUAAUGAACCUCCACCAAAUAACCUCGGACGUCACGCAUCUGGUUUUGAUAAUGAACCUCCACCAAAUAACCUCAGACGUCAAGCAUCUGGUUUUGAUAAUGAACCUUCACCAAAUAACCCCGGGCGUCAAGUAUCUGGCUUUGAUAAUGAACCUUCAUCAAACAACCUUAGACGUCAAGCAUCUGGUUUUGAUAAUAAACCUCCACCAAAUAACCUCGGAUGUCAAGCAUCUGGUUUUGAUAAUGAACCUCCACCAAAUAAUCCCGGACGUCAAGCUUGUGGUUUUGAUAAUGAACUUCCACCAAAUAACCUUGGACGUCAAGCAUCUGGCUUUGAUAACGAAUCUCCACCAAAUAACCUCGGACGUCAAGCAUCUAGUUUUAAUAAUGAACCUCCACCAAAUAACCUCGGACGUCAAGCAUCUGACAAUGAUAAAAUGACUGCACAAAACAAACAACCUUUCACGCUACCGAAUAAUACCAAACAUCGUGCAUAUGAUGAUAAUAAAUUACCUACACCACUUCCGAAUAAUAUAAAUCAUCAAGCACGUGACGAUGACAAUGGUGAAGUACCACUAGCACCGAAUAAUAUUAAACAUCAAGCACUUGAUGAUGAUGAUAAAUUACCUCCACCGGUACUGAAUAAUACUAAAUAUCAAGCAUAUGAUAGUGACGAUGAUUAUGAAUUACCUCCACCAUUUCCGAAUAAUAUCAAAUAUCAAGCAUAUCAUGAUUAUGAUGAUGAUGACGUACCUUGGCCGCCACAGAAUAAUAUCAAACAGCAAGCAUCUGAUGAUGAUGAAGUGCCUCCACCACCACCACUGAAUAAUAUUAAACAUCAAGUAUCUGAUGAUGAUGAUGAUGAUGAUUAUGAUGAUGAAGUGCCUCCACCACCACCACUGAAUAAUAUUAAACAUCAAGUAUCUGAUGACGAUGAUGAUGAUGAUGAAGUGCCUCCACCACCACCACUGAAUAAUAUCAAACAUCAUGUAUCUGAUGACGAUGCUGAUGAAGUGCCUCCACCACCACCACUGAAUAAAAUCAAACAUCAAGCAUUUGAUGAUGAUGAUCAUGAAUUACCUUAUAUGAAGUUUUAAAAUCAACUCUAACUCUACGUUAAGAACGAAUGGAUAAAGUUCAAUGAAUCAAGUUUCAUGUGUUUUGGCUGUACAUGUCGCCGCAAAGGAUUAAUGACAAAGUAUCUCCAUAGAUUAACAUCAAACUUCGAACAUCUGAUGAUAAUGAAGUACAUAUCUCCACCAAAUAACAUCACGUAUACAAACAGCCACAGCGCCGUCAUAACUUUGUAAAGAAACAGUAUGGCUACUCGUAACAUGCCUACUUUUAGUAUUGCCUGUUACCAAAAUCAAUAGGUAAGUCGGCGUAAGGUGUCGUCUUAAUUGAAUGCGAUUACAAGUUCGCGCGAACCUGCGAUCAUAGGUGUCCUAAUUGUGACUAUAAUGUUUGAAUAUAUUCACGCGAACUUAGCUCGUACGAACGCAUAAUCAAAUAUGUUGAUGUCCUAAUUGAUAAUUGCGUUGCGUUAUUGCAAGCUGGCUCAUGAUCAUGAUAAUGAUCACGAGAACACGGACUCGCGCGAUUAUUUAUUAGGACGCGUAUUCGCGUUCAAUAAGGACGACGACGCCUUAAAUGUCCGAAACUAUAGAUCACUAAGCUACUUUCUCAAAUAUGAUUGUUUAUUUUAAUAUCAUCUAUCGAUUUACUUAUUUAUAUGUGACCGCCUUUACACCAUUCAAUGUACCUACACUUAAAACACGUGUUUAGAAAGAACGCGAUGCUGACAGUGCAGUUGUAUCUAAUGAACCAGCACCUAACGAUAUCUAUUACUUGCCAGCAGCACGUUUGAGGAUUAAAUUGGGGGGUGUCUUUUUAUAAUUUCGUAUAGAACGUGGUGCUUUGUAUAUUCUCAACAUCCACGAAUACGUGAAAUUUGAAUAUAUUUUUAAUUAUUCGCACGAAGCGCUAUCUGUUUUUUCGUUCCUAGAGGAGUCACUAUACUUAUUCAAGCUGUGAUGGCGUGAGUCAGUCUGAAAAUGCUUUAUGUCUCGUAGUAUGAACGGUAAAGAUGUUGGACUUUGGACCGUUCUUAUCGUAAGCGGCAUAGAGUUGGAUUUAAAUCUCAAGUGUCAAGCUUGACGUGUUCUUGACUGUACUAAGUUAAUUCAGGGUGAAAUUAAAUUUAGUCAACGAAUUUUUGAGGAUGUAAUUUUUUUUAAAUCGAUGUUCCAUAAACCAAAAUAAGCAGACGGUAUAAGGAGGUCUCAAAUAUCUUUCUUUCCUGACUUUUUUUCAAAUAUUAGUUCGCUCUUGGCUACAGACUAUUGAAUCAUCAAGAUGAGGUCGAAGUCGGAGCGCAGGUAAGCUUACCUCGGGUUACCAUUUAAAAAAAUAAUUUAUUAACUAAACUAACGGACCAAUGUUCUUCUGUGCUUAGAACAUAGUGUAAUGUGCAAUCCUGCCUAUGACUAUACUAUAAAUGAAGCAACCGAGGAUAGUUGCUCGCCAACGCCGCCUGCGCCCGCAGCCGUUCAGAGUGAUCGGGCUGCCAGGGCUUUAGCGCGCAGUUUUCGUCUAAUCACCGCCGUUGAAUCCCAUGAUUAAGGACCACGAACUGGUUUGAACACGUCGAGCAAAAAUUCGACUUAACUGUGAGUUCUCCGUUAGUUUCGUUAAUAUUUAGUUAGUAUGUCUGAGUCUCACGGUGGUUUUCUAUUUAAAAAAAAACAUUAAUUUUUCUUGAUUUCUAAAAAUACACUUCUAAACCUGUUUUGACAAUUAAUCUCAAAUAUAUUGUGUGAAGUUUUUUUUAAAUUCACCUGUAUAUUGUAGUCAUAUUUGUAAUCUAAUGUCAUUGGAAUAAUAAAAU